UGUAUUUUUACUGUCUUGGUAUAGUACUCUUUUGGAAUUGUUUCUAAUAAAUUUGUAGUUUCUUUAAAAAGUUUAAAAUAAGUCCAAUGUAUACCAUAUUAUUAUCCUUGUUUUUUACUACUAUUGUAAUAUGCAACUCAGUUAAUGAUAAUGACUCUGAAAAUAACAACCCGUUUUGGAUUAAUCCAUGUGGCUACAACACAAAUAAUGCUGAAGACUAUGAUGAUUCUGAUGCUGGUAUCAUGGACCGUAUUUUGACUAUAGCUAAACAAUGUCAAAAUAAUAUUAAUCCGUUUAAAUCUCAGUACAUCCAACAAACAUUCAAUACUGAUUAUGAUGCUCAUUAUAGUAGAUGGACAAAUGAAAAUAAUAGUUGGAUGACUUCCCGACUUCUAGAUAAAGCUGAAGAUGAUAUGACACAAUCAUGGUUGAAUUCCCGUUCAUUUCCCAGUGAAUUAAAAUACAGUUAUGAAGUAUUGCAACGAGUGUCUGUUGGCUUUGAAAUUCUGCUAGAUGAUGCAAGUAAAAGUGGUUCUUUGGAAAAUCAAUUUAACAAUAAUUUUACUACAUGUAAGAAUGAUUUACAACAACUUUUAUGUGAGAUCAGUGAUGACAUUGAUGUUACACAUCAAGAAAGACCAAAAGAUAUUACUAGAGAUGAAGUUCCUAAUGAAGUCCGAGAAGAAACGAGCUCUGCUAAGAGGAAUCUUACAAACUCUAUAAUUUUUCGAGAUUAUAUGAUUACCAUUAAGUAUGUAAAAAAUACCUAUGAUUAUUUAAGAAGCAAAUGUAAUAAUAAUUGGUAUCAAACCAAACCAUGGUAUAAAAAAGCUCACCCUCGUCGUCGUACUUAUUAAUUUAUUUUUUUACUCAUCUGUCAAAACAAUUAAUUCCAUUAAUCACUGUACUUAGUUUUUUUUUAUUGCAUAAUAAAUAAAAAUAUAUUUGGUUUUUUUAAAUCUAUAAUAUGAUCUUUUGGAAUAACCCAAUGGCUCUCAAAAGAAGAGACAAAGUUGUAUUAAAUCGCCUCAGAAUAGGUCAUACACACUACACACAUGGUCAUCUAAUGAAAAAAGAGCUACCAAGAACAUGUCUUACAUGGAGAUAUCCAACCUCAAUCUAACAUAUCAUUAUCAAAUGUUGAAACACACAAGAGGCCCAACAAAAAUACAAUAUACCUGAACACAUUCACGAAGUUGUAGGCCCUGACGAAGAACCAAUCAAAAAUAUAUUUUUUACUUAUGAAAGAUAUUGGAUUGUCUAAUUUAAUUUAAACUAUUUAAG